UAUUGUUAUCGGAAUGGUUCCAUGUUUCUAGUAUAUUCGUGUUACAGAUCAUAUGGAUUCAGAUUUGCAUGUUUUUUACAUCCUCAGCUUACUUAUUUAUAUAUGCUGCGGUGCAGAAUAUGCGUACACGAUUGAGGUAGACGCUGGAAAACAUAAUUGUUUCUUUCAGACAGUCAAUAAUACCCACCAUAAGUUUAUGGAAAUUGAUUAUCAAGUAGUUGAUGGUGGCGAUUUGAAUAUCAAUUUUAUGUUGCUUUUGGGUACCAAAAUUUUACUGCAAGAAACGAAGAAGGUGGAGGGAAGCCAUAAGUAAGGCUUUCUAUGACGGAAUCCGGCGACUAUCAGCUAUGUUUCGACAAUUCAUUCAGCUACCAAACACGUAAAGUUCUGUUCUUUGAACUUUUUUUGUUCGAUGAAGAUGGAAGCUUUGAUGAAACAAACAUGCUUGAGGAAUUCGGUCCUAUAAGACAGGAAUACAGUGGGCUUGGUUUCGAAAUGCAGAAAUUCCAAAAGGCAUCUAAUAACAUCAAAAAUCAGCUGAAUAAAAUCGAAUAUCAUCAAUCGCUGUUGCGAGCUUAUGAAGCACGUGACCGUGCGAUAAUGAAUGCAAAUCUCGAGCGUGUGACUUUGUGGUCCGCCGUCAACUCCAUCAUUUUAGUAAUUGUUGGUUUAUUACAGGUAUAUAUGAUUAGAAGUUUGUUUGAAGAUAGUUCGAAGUUGGGGCAGUUAUUAAGGCGGCAACAUUUUUGACGUGUAUGAAUUUGUAUCAUCUUGUCAUGUGACCAUUUUAUGAUAUGAUAGUGAUGAACUAUAUUUCUGUGAUGGGAAGAAAACUGUGAUACGUGCCAUAAUAGCCCUGUUUAAUAUUAUUUGUUUUAUGUAAAAUUGCAGAACUUUAUGAGCGACUGAUAGAGGU